AUGACGCAUUUUUACGAACGAUUGGAAGAAGAGGUGGGCAAAAUAAUCGAUCAACUCAUGGAGGAAUUUCAAGAACCUCUUCCUGAAGACGAGACGGAGCGCUAUAAGAGACGCAAAGCGGUGGUCGAAAGAGGUCUGGAUUUGACGGAAGGUUGUUUGGUUGUUGUGUAUGGAGAAUUAGGUAUUUCUGAAGUUGAAGCGAGAGAGAGGUUUGGACACAUCAAACCGAAAUUUGAACGCGUUCUUCUUAUUAUCGUAAAUAUCAUCGACCAUCAUCCACGUAUUGUGCGAACAAUUCUAUUUGCCGUCGCGACAUGGAUUCUUCCCAUUCGUGUGGUGCGCAUCAUCCUACGCGCUUUUGGCUUGGGGCCAGCCAUACGUGGAAGACGAAUUGCUACUCGAUGGUUGCAAAAGUUUCUUUUCGAUGAAGUAAUGGAAGCAGAAAUUUGGAUGAAAAUGCUGUGGGCUGCCAAGGGAAAGGCAAGAUGGAGUAUUAAAAUAAUACUUGCUGCGGUUUUGAGAUUUGUCAAAGAUUUGGGCUUCCGUGUGUUGGAGGCACUGUUAAACAAUGACAAUGUUGCGCUUUGA